AUGGCGAAACCUAAACAGUUGGUCUCUAAGCGCAACCGGUUCUAUGAACCGGAGACUAGCAGCAGCGGCGAUGACGAAGAGCCCGACCCGCCCGUCACCAGAUCUAUGGCGUCGAACAAGGGCGACAAUCCUACUGCUUCCAGCCCGCCGACGAAGGACUCCGGAAGGGCUUCUAGGUUCGCGCCUCAUGUUGUGAAAAAGGCGACGGAGCCCGUGCCGGACGACAUGGUGGCCGCUAUCGCCCGGAAUUAUCAGAAGGCAUCGUACAGCAACGUGAUGCUCAUGAAUCACCGCGGUGUCGGAUGCGAGGUGAAUAAGGACGACUUCAUGUCCAUCGAGGACGAUCAGUGGAUUACAGAUGGUGUCAUCGACUUCCACAACGUUGAGCACUAUUCGCUGGUCAUCGCUAUAAAUCCAUCGGUGCUCACCAAGUCGCCGAGAUUGAAGGGCAAAGAGCGCAUGACGUUGGUCUUGAUGGACAGCGCGAUCAAGCAUCGGAAUAGCCGCAAGAUUUUUGCAGGAACAAAGCUUGUGCUGUCUGAGCUCGCAAAGGCGAGCAACCCAAGCGCGAACAUGGAGUUUGUGGACAAGACGCUGAAGGAGGCGGACUGCAUAAUUUUACGGGAGGACAAGCUGCCACAGCAGCCUAACAAGGAGGACUGUGGGAUUUUUGUUUGCCAGUACCUCAAGACCCUGGUGAAUACCGACUUCGCCACGGUUCUUUCGGGCCUCUGGUUCCAGGGUGUGACACCGCACCAAUACAGGCGGGAGAUGCGGCGCGACCUGUGUGCACACGCGAGCGGCGCUCUUUUGCAACAGCUGCAGGACAUGGGAAUUGAGAUCCCCCCGCAGGACGCAGGCCGGGUUACCGAUGAGGGUUACCUGAACGCCACCGUCACCGUGAUCGCCAACUUUGUGGGACUGAGGCGGGACGAGGUCGUGUCCGCUGCAACCCAACUGCUGCUGCAUGGCGGUCACCCGGGCACCGGCACGAAUGCAGAUGCGGGUGGCAACAAGACUGCGCCACGCACACCACAGCGUCCGUCUGCCCGUAAGACGCGGGCCGACAGCAGUCCUGAGGAGGACGGCGUGCGCAACGGCACCCGGGUAGCGCUGGCCUCCACGUUCGCUGCAUGUGAGCCUACAUCGAGCCUGCUCCCUAACCCGCUGCUCUCCCAAGGUGCCAUACCUCACUGGAUGUUCACGCGCGGGAGGCAGCUGCUCGAGAACGGUGUGCCACCUGGAGAUGCCGCGUGGGGAGACACGCACGGGCAGGAGACGCUGAAGGGCGAAGAGGAGGAGGAUCUUGUGUCCGACUCAGACGACGAUGGCGAGGACGAGGAUACGUGUGCAACCACGUACACGGGUGUGAAGCUGGACAAACGGACUGGCAAGUUCGGCGUCAAGAUCUUGAUCAAAGAACGUGGAAAGCGUAAGCAGCAGCGCCUGGGAGCAUACACCACGGAGGAAGAGGCGGCAUUCGCGUACGCCGCUGGUGCGUUCAUGACGGCACGGGUGCAGAGAGUGCCGAUUCGUCCGAUCGAAGCGAGGAAGAGGACGAGGAAAACGAAGACACAUCUGCGCCAGGAUCACACGAGGAAUCCGCCGACCAGGGCGCUAGAGGCAAGACGCACGACGAUGGAUGUGCGGGAAUAUCCGCGGGCCAAUGCUGACAUGCGCACACAUGAAGCGGACGGACAGGCGGACGGACUUGUUGGCCGCACACGCGUGAACACCUUGGACGCCAACGGCGAUGACGUGCGCAUCCCUAGCCGGAUCCUCGAGCAACUCAUACAGGCGCAGGACAAGAGCGCCAAGGAGAACGCGCGUUUGGAGGCGCUGUUCUUGAAUGCGAUGUCUCGCCCUUCCGGUGGCUCUCGUAAGCGUAAGGCUCAGAAGCAGAGAGACCCGGGGCAGGGUUGUAUGAACCCGAAGCGACAGCGUGGUGAGACGUGGAGUGGCGGGUCCGACGGCGACGGCGAGGAUGACGAUGACGACACGCAUGGUUCUGGUGGCCGUCAUAUGCGUACCGCCAAGUCUCCUAUUCUGCAACGCGCUUUGGAGCAUUUGCCGACGGACAAGGCGUGGAAGAGGGUUUGCGAGCUGGCCAGGGUGCACAUGUUUAUCAACAGGCCGACGUCGACGAUGACCUUCUACCCGAGCAGCGACGAUAAGACUCACGGAGUGUGUGCGGUGCUGGACCGCCUGCCGCAUAGCUUCGCCUGUUUGGCGCUGGCGGUUGACAAGUCGCGUCGCGCGGAUCUCAACAAGACGCUCUCUGAGUGGAAGACAAGGGCUGCCGCACGCGUGCGAGACAUUGCACUUCCCAAGCUCGGAUUGUUCCGCGACGACAGGGACGCAUCCAGCCCAUGGGCGCCCGAGAAGGCACGCAGUAUCGAUAAGAUCAGGGAGCGCAUUGGUCUUGGCGCUGACCCCCCUGGUGAGUGCAUUCUACCACAGCAGACAGGGUUACCUACCUGGGCGAACGACCGUGAUGGCAUGCCGUUUGCCUCCCGGGCGUUCGCGACAUGUGCGAAGGCUGCAUUCAGGCCCAAGAAGGCCGGGCUGGUGAUGACACUGAAGGUGUACCACCUGGCCUGGUUGGAGCAUGUGGUCUCCGACUGCGUCCUCUACUGGGAGGAGAGGAAAGGCCGGCUUUCCAACUCGGCCGGCGGCAACGCACACGUCGUGGACGGCCUCAAGGUCCUGGUGAAGGAGGCCGUGGAGAGGGCGAUCAGGAUCCGCAACCCGGAGUAUGACGCGGAGCGAGAGGCGUGGAUCUGGGGGCGCCAUGGACUGCGCAUCUCUGCGUGCGGCCUGGAGCACAUGAAGCCCACCGCCGCAGCUCAGUUCGAAGAGCCUGAGGGGGACGACGACCUCUCGGCGUCAGUUGGUGAUGAGUAG